GCUCUAUGCGCCUCUGCGGGCGCCGCGGGCCCUGGCCAUGGCGAUAGACCGGCGGCGCGAGGCGGCGGGUAGCGGUGCCGGACGGCAGUCGGCCCCGGCCGAGGAGAACGGCUCCCUGCCGCCCGGGGACGCAGCGGCCUCGGCGCCCCUCGGGGGACGCGCGGGCUCCAGCGGCAGCGCGGAGAUCCAGCCGCUGCCUGCGCUGCACCCAAGCGGCGGCCCGCACUCGAGCUGCUGCGCGGCGGCAGCCGCCCCGAGCCUCCUGUUGCUGGACUACGAUGGCUCGGUGCUGCCUUUCCUCGGGGGCCUGGGCGGCGGCUACCAGAAGACCCUGGUGGUGCUCACCUGGAUCCCGGCGCUGUUCAUCGGCUUCAGCCAGUUCUCGGACUCCUUCCUCUUGGACCAGCCCAACUUCUGGUGCCGCGGGGCCGGCAAAGGCACUGAGCUGACGGGUGCCACUGUCACCGGUCGGUGGGGCGACAUGGGCAACUGGACCAGCCCCCCAGCCACCCACUUCUCCACUGCUGCCUGGGGCACCGCGAGCAACCGAAGCAACAGUAGCGACACGCCACCCCUACCGUCCCCUCCGGGCAAGGGGAAUAACGACUCAAAUUGCGACUGCCACGUUUGGGACUAUGGCAUCCGCACUGGCCUGGUCCAGAACGUGGUCAGCAAGUGGGAUCUUGUGUGUGAUAAUGCCUGGAAGGUCCAUAUCGCUAAAUUCUCCUUGCUGGUUGGAUUAAUCUUUGGCUACCUAAUAACUGGAUGCAUAGCUGACUGGGUUGGUCGGCGGCCUGUGCUGCUGUUUUCCAUCAUCUUCAUUCUGAUCUUUGGACUGACGGUGGCACUGUCAGUGAAUGUGACAAUGUUCAGCACACUCAGGUUCUUUGAAGGAUUUUGCCUGGCCGGAGUCAUCCUCACCUUGUAUGCAUUACGAAUAGAGCUGUGCCCUCCAGGAAAACGGUUCAUGAUUACCAUGGUGGCAAGCUUCGUGGCCAUGGCAGGCCAGUUCCUCAUGCCGGGGCUGGCAGCUCUAUGCCGGGACUGGCAGGUGCUCCAGGCCCUCAUCAUCUGUCCCUUCCUGCUCAUGCUGCUCUACUGGUCGAUAUUUCCUGAGUCUCUCCGAUGGCUAAUGGCCACCCAGCAGUUUGAAGCAGCAAAGAAGCUGAUCCUCUACAUCACACAGAAGAACAAUGUGAGCCCUGAGAGUGACAUCAAGGGGGUGAUGCCAGAGCUAGAGAAAGAACUGUCUCGGAGGCCCAAAAAGGUGUGCAUCGUGAAGGUGGUGGGAACGCGGAACCUGUGGAAAAAUAUCGUGGUUCUAUGUGUGAACUCGCUGACAGGGUACGGAAUCCACCACUGCUUUGCAAGAAGCAUGAUGGGCCACGAGGUGAAGGUGCCGCUCCUGGAGAACUUCUACGCUGACUACUACACCAUGGCCAGCAUCGCACUGGCAUCCUGCCUGGCCAUGUGUGUGGUAGUCAGGUUCCUCGGGCGCAGGGGAGGGCUGCUGCUCUUCAUGAUCCUUACUGCCCUGGCCUCACUUCUGCAGCUCGGGCUCCUCAACUUGAUCGGCAAAUACAGCCAGCAUCCAGACUCAGAAUUGCAGCUGAAGUUGGCCGUAGGGAUGAGUGACAGCGUCAAGGACAAGUUCUCCAUCGCAUUUUCGAUUGUGGGCAUGUUUGCAUCUCAUGCCGUGGGGAGCCUCAGCGUAUUCUUCUGUGCAGAGAUCACCCCCACAGUGAUAAGGUGUGGCGGGCUGGGGCUGGUGCUGGCCAGUGCAGGCUUCGGUAUGCUGACAGCACCCAUUAUUGAGCUGCACAACCAGAAAGGCUACUUCCUGCACCACAUCAUCUUCGCCUGCUGCACGCUCAUCUGCAUCAUUUGCAUCCUCCUGUUGCCCGAGAGCAGGGACCAGAACCUGCCCGAGAACAUCGCCAACGGGGAACACUACACGAGGCAGCCAUUGCUGCCACACAAGAAGGGUGAGCAGCCACUGCUGCUCACCAACGCGGAGCUCAAGGACUACUCGGGCUUGCACGACGUGGCUGCAGUGGGUGAUGGGCUGUCAGAGGGGGCCACUGCCAAUGGCAUGAAGUCCAUGUAGCUUGCUGGGCCACACCACCAUUCCACCAGUCCCCUGGGGCUUGAAGGGCUGGGGAGAGUUUGCACACAGAUUUGUAGACCAGAGAGAAGAUACAUACCUGUGGGAGGAAGUCCAACUCUGCUGCUGACUCCACUCAAUCGUGAGACUUACUACUGGUGUGGGGAAUUCUGUCUUUCCAGACAUCCAAGGAACAGAUCUGAGAAAUCAGGGUGUUUGGGAAAUAACCCUUUGAAGACUUUUCUUUUCUGCCAUUAAAUGUUUGUAUUUAUUUUGGUCA